AUGGCGGCGGCAAAGCUGGUUGCCGGCGAAGUCGCUGCUUCCCUUCUCCUUCAGGCAACGCUGGCGACGGAAAGAUACGGCGGACGGAGGGUUGCAUCGAGGCGAGAUGGAGGCGACGAGGCUAGGCUCCUGGCGGUGGCGACAUCGCUGGAGAAACCGGCUGGAGAUCACACUUUUAAAUGUGGGCUACCGCAUGCACACAUUCUAAUCUUCUUAAAGAACAAAGUUGACAAGUCAAAUCCAACAUACAUGGAUUCAAUUAUAAAGGCUGAGAUACCAAACAAGGUAAUAGAUAUGGAUUACUACAAUGUAGUUAAGGAAUUUAUGGUUCACAGUCCAUGUGGAUUGGCUAGAAAGAAUUCUCCAUGUAUGGUUAAUGGAAAAUGUUCAAAACACUUCCCAAAACAAUACAUAGAUGAAUCUCAAUUUGAUCAAGAUGGUUAUCCCAUAUAUAGGCGUCUGGAUUAUGGUAGGAUUGUAAAUAAAAACGGUAUAGAACUAGACAAUAGGUACGUUGUUCCGCAUAACCGUUAUCUGCUUUUGAGGUACAAGGUCCACAUAAACGUAGAAUUGUGUAACCAUUAUAGAUCAAUCAAGUACCUCUUCAAGUAUGUAAACAAAGGGAACGACCGUGUCAUAGUUGAAUUCUACAAGAGUACUACAGAUGAACACGGUCAAGAGGUGGUGGAUGAGAUAAAUAUAUACUAUGAUUAUAGGUAUAUUUCUGCUUUGAGGUGGCAUGGCAACUAUUUGGUUUUGAAGCCCAAUAUAGAACACCGACGAUUGAGAGAUUAA